AGGGGGGAGGAGGAGCAGGAAGUGGCGGUGCGAGGGCUGCUGCACUGCUAGCAUAGCCGCGGUCCGGACUGUAGCGCGUGCCCCGAGCUCUCCGCCUAUCCUCGCCCGCCUGCCAGAGCACAGCCCGCGGCCCCCAGCAGCAGUGCCGACAGCAGCCCCAGCACCAACGCCAUGGCCGGGUGGAACGCCUACAUCGACAACCUCAUGGCGGACGGGACCUGUCAGGACGCGGCCAUCGUGGGCUACAAGGACUCGCCCUCUGUCUGGGCCGCCGUCCCCGGGAAAAUCUUCGUCAACAUCACGCCAGCUGAAGUCGCUGUCCUGGUUGGCAAAGACCGGGCAAGUUUUUUUGUGAAUGGGCUGACACUUGGGGGCCAGAAGUGUUCUGUGAUCCGGGACUCACUGCUACAGGAUGGGGAAUUUACCAUGGAUCUUCGUACCAAGAGCACCGGUGGAGCCCCUACCUUCAACGUCACUGUCACCAUGACUGCCAAGACGCUAGUCCUGCUGAUGGGCAAAGAAGGUGUCCAUGGUGGUAUGAUCAACAAGAAAUGUUACGAAAUGGCCUCCCACCUGCGGCGUGCCCAGUACUGACCUCGUCUGUCCCUCCCCCUCCUACCAUUCCCAUCCGCUUUUGCACCCCUUCCUUCCCAUACACACACAUACACCAUUUUUAUUUUGGGGGCCAUUACCCCCUAUCCUUUAUUGCUGCCAAAACCACAUGGGCUGGGGGCUGGGGCUGGAUGGACAGAUACCUCCCCCUACCCAUACCCCUCCUAUGUGUGGUUGGAAAACUUUGGUUUCUUGUUUUGUUUUUGGUGUUUUUUUUUCUGAAUAAAAAAAGAUUCUAACAA